UGUAAAUUUCGAACUCUUUUUCUCGAUUUCCUAAAUUUGUUGUCUUUAAUGAUUUUAUUUUUCUGGGCUUAUCUGGAUUCGGGACCUUCUUAAUGUGUUCUUAUUAGGCUCCUGAUUCUACUCGGGAAUUUGUUCUUAUCAAGCUCCUUAACUAAAUGAUAGUUCCAAUUGCUCUCCCUCUUCAUGGUUGAGGUUCGGCAUCCAGUAGUGGAGUUUAUUGCAAAUGCCAAGUUUGGGGCCUUUCAUCAGUUAGUUUAUUGCAAAUGCCAUGGAUAUGAAGAUCGAGGACUGAUCCAAAUAACAAACGUACAAUAAAAAAAUGGUUGGCAAUAAUGGAUAUGCGAGUUUGGGGCCUUUCAUGGCUUGCCUCGGCCUCGGUUUUGGGACAUACAGGUCAGCAAUUCACAAGAGUACAAAGUUGGAAUUGCGGAGCAAAUCACCGUUAAAUUCUUCACAUACUUCACUAAAUUUCUGAUUUUUAUUGGCGGUGAUCUUCCUUCGUUUUCAUGGGCGUUUUCUCGGUCUGUUUGUUUCUCUCCUUGCUUACCUCUAUUGUCUGACAUAUCUGCUUCCCAUAAUUUAGCCUACCAUCAAACUACUUACUGGAAUCCCACCGACGCCACCGUAAAGAAACUCCGAUUCAACUUUCAAGAGCAAGUCCUGAAAGUUUAUGACUUUGUUGAUGGGUUUAGCCUAGAUUAUAGAGCAGUUUGAUAGGUUUCUUAUCUUCUUCCUGUGGGUAGUAUUCUUGGUAGUGGGCUCAGAAUAAGCUAGAUGACUGUGGAUGAAGCGAAUAUUAGCUCCUUAUGGAGCAGAGAUCAAGAUAAGGCAUUUGAGAAUGCCCUGGCAACUCAUCCUGAAGAUGCUCCAGAUCGAUGGGAGAAAAUUGCAGCUGAUGUUCCGGGGAAAACCUUAGAAGAGAUUAAACAUCAUUAUGAGCUGUUGGUUGAUGAUAUUAACCUGAUUGAAUCUGGCUGUGUGCCACUACCUUCCUAUAAUUCUUCUUUGGAGGGUUCGACGAGCCAUACCUGUGAUGAAGGAACUGGUAAGAAGGGUGGCCAUUUGGGGCAUCAUAACAAUGAGUCUAAUCAUGGAAAUAAGGCUUCAAGGUCCGAUCAGGAACGCCGUAAGGGGAUUGCUUGGACAGAGGAUGAGCACAGGUUAUUUCUUCUUGGUUUGGAAAAAUAUGGGAAAGGGGACUGGCGAAGCAUAUCUCGAAACUUUGUGGUGACAAGAACACCUACGCAAGUGGCAAGCCAUGCACAAAAGUACUUCAUUCGUUUGAACUCGAUGAACAAAGAUAGGAGGCGAUCAAGCAUUCAUGACAUUACUAGUGUUGGCGAUGGAGACAUUUCAGCACCACAAGGACCAAUCACUGGCCAAACCAAUGAUGGUUCUGCAGGAGUUUCCUCUGGCAAAUCAACCAAACCACCACUGCAGCCCCAAGCUGGGCCUGCAAGUGUUGGCAUGUAUGGUGCUCCGACUAUAGGGCAACCUAUAGGAGGAUCCCUUAUCUCAGCAGUUGGUACCCCUGUGAAUCUUCCUACGGGACCGCAUAUGGCAUAUGGUGUUAGAGCCCCUGUACCUGGAGUCAUCGUUCCUGGUGCACCAAUGAACAUGGGUCCAAUGGGAUAUCCAAUGCCGCCCACGUCUGCUGCUCAUAGAUAAUGUGCAGUCUAGCUUCAACACUAGCAAAAGACAGAAGAAUAUUACUUUUGCUCUUCUUGGACUCUUGAGACCAUUUUGGAUCUCAGCCUGAAUAUUUUUAGCUUAUUUAGCAGAAGGUUUAAUGUUUUAACUGUCAUUUGUCUAUUUUUGCAUCCGUUCUAAAUAAGCCAUAUGGGUAGGAAUUACCCUGAAUCUGUACAGGCAACUGGUGGCAGUAUCUAUAAGUAGUGCAGCAUUCUUGUUUGUUUCUUCUUA